UCAACCAUUGUCAAAAUUUCACGUCAUUCAUAAUCAAAAUCAACAAAUGUGGUGUUAAUUAAAUUCAGGAAUCAGUAAUUAUUAUCCGUUUUUUAUAUGUAAAUUAUGAGUUGAUCCUUUCCCGGCUUAUCACGGCAUAAAUCAAUAUGGCUUUGGACUUAGUCAGUAUAGCCCAGCCUCAUUACAUACCAGGCUACACAGGCCAUUGUCCCGAGUACAAAUACCGGAUAGGCGAUACUUAUGGGUCUACCACUCACAAGAUACUCCUGGACCCGAGCGUCCAGCACUCCGAGAGACUGGUGCUGUCUGAUCGGACGGCUGAUGAUUUUCAGAUCUAUCGGCCACCGCAAACAGACAUCGACAUCGUGAACGCGCGGUUUCGGAAUGGCGACCCAGUCUACAAGCAUCCUAUGAUACCGGGAUAUGAGGGAUUCCUACCGAGACUAAACAACCACUUUGGUCAGCGAUACACGGUUGCUGCUACCGAAGCCCUGUCAGAGUUCCAAAGGGUGCAACUAAACCAGAGAGCAGCAAGGAACCAGUUGGAAAGAGUGGUUGACUUACAAGCCGGGAAAGGACAACCUUGGGAUUUGGUCGACAGAUUCUCCGCGACAGCCGAGUUCAAGCUACCCCUAGUCACAGUGCGACCAGAAUGCGCAGGAAUAUUACGAGACGUGCCAAUGGAUGAACCCCAGCUAUCACCCGCAUCGCAUUCUGUCAGUCCAUUUUUCAUGGAAAAUGGUCACCCCGACAAAUAUAUCAAGAAAGGUUUCUCGGGCCAUGUUCCGUACGGUUUCCAAAGAUUCGGAGAGUCAUCCAAGAAGCUCACGAACUCUGCGCUCUGUGACUUUUCAUCUAACUACAGACGAAGACAGAGCACUGAAUGGGCACCAGUGAAUGUAGUCAAGCCUGAUCCGCCGCUGUCGAUCAACCCGACGGAGAUCUACCACAAGCACGUCGGCAUGCUGCCCAACUACGCCGGACACGUUCCUGGAUGCAUGUUCAGAUUUGGAAAAACCUACGGGAACGACACGAGAGAUGCCAAGCGCUGGCUUCGCGGAGAUUUCACCUCAUAACGACAUAACGUGUAACAGACAAGCGAUAGUGAAGCUUAUUGUAACAGCAAUAUGGUCUAAAUUCAAAGUGCAACUACUUUGACACGAUCAAAUUAUACUCCUUGGUAUCGUUUUUCAAUAAAACUCUGAAUCACGAA